GCCGACAGCUGCCAAACAGAAGCAAAAGGAAUUUCAACUGGAGCACACCUAAGGCAAUAGCAACAGCAGCAGCAGCAGCAACAGAAUCACUAUACAAAAUGAAACUCACACUGAUCCUGGCACUUUUGCUGGCUACAGUCAGCCUUAUGCAGGCAGCACCUGACAGCAAUCCCUACCAGGCCAUCCAGUCUGCCUACGAUCUCAGCGGACAGCCCGUGAGAGAGAAGCGUGCGAGCUAUCACGGCGACUAUUAUAUCUGCUAUCCAAGCCGCGUGGUCUACAGCUACCAUAACAUUCCCAGCUCCCUGGGCUCACAUCGUCGUUCCAGCUACGACUACGACUCCUAUGCCCGCAAGAAUCGUGGGAAUCUAGACCACGAGGUGGACUACUUUGGCGGAUAGUUCAGAGGAAAGCCUACUCUACAAUAAAUAGUCAUUAAGAUAUUCGCACAGGUGUUAAAAAUCUACAAUUAUUUAUUUAUAUUUAUAUGUACUACAUGAAAAUAAAGAAAUUAAGAAACUAAAACUAAAAUUAA